AUGACGAUCUUCAAGUCCCAUCUUCCCUCAGUUCAGAUUGACGAACGACCAAUGGCCACGCAGAUUUUGGACGCCAUUUGGAGGCAUUCGGUGGAGAACCCGUCAAAGAAAGCAAUGGUGAAAUUAAAGCAUUAAACUGUAACAUUUGUUUAGAUAAAUGCCAAAGAUGCAAGCGACUUUGUGACCUACCGUCAGUUAUAUCUUCAUAUCCAUUCUUAUGCCGCAUUUUUGAACGAUAUUAAAUUUGGCCAAGAAGAUGUGGCCUGUGUUGCAACUAAAAACCGCUGGGAAUAUCCGGUGGUUCUUACUGGAACCUUGGCUGUUGGAGGGAUUGUCAGUGCGGCCAGUUAUGCCUUCACUGAUUGUAAGAGUUUUUUAUAUGGGGUUUGAUCUUUGCCGUUGACACUUAUUAUGGAACUUUACAUAUUUCAGGGGAGCUGGCCAGACAAUUUAAUGAUUGUGGAGCGACGCUUGUUGUCUGUGAAGAUGCCGUUCUGGACAAGGUCCGAUUGGCUGUAAAAGAUGCCCCUAAAGUAAAGGUGAGCUUCUGCCAUUCAAAUAUAACUUGCAGACUUGACAUUGAUUGGUUUUAAUUUGGUUUUCAUCGUAUUUCAGAAUAUAAUUGUAAUUGGAGAACCCGCCUCAACUGGUGGCCCCGGUCCAAAAAUCUACAAUCUUACGGAGAUCCUGAAGAAGGAACCCUCUUAUCGUCUGCCUAAAAUUAAAUGGAGAGUGAAGAAAGAUCUGGCUUUAAUUCCAUAUUCGAGUGGGACUACUGGAGCCCCGAAAGGAGUGAUGCUCAGCCAUUACAAUCUGUCUGCUAUGAGGGCUACCUUCCAUUCGUAUGUUUUUUUACAUUUCAUCAUUGCUCGAAAUAUCCAAAUAUCGCGAUAGCGAACCUUGAAAAGUUUUUAUAAAAACUACAUUAAUUUUGGACUGAAUUGUCAUCACUGUUGCGAUAAAAUUGUCGUCAUUGCAUCGAAAAAUUCUUUCUAAUCAAACCCGACAAUUAUCGCGAUUUUCCCCAAAUCGUCCAGCCCUGCAUGCACGAUGGGUCUACUACAAAUUCUAUUUUCAGAUACCUGGAAAAGCAAGUUUUUCCGGCAAUUUCCCCCAACUAUGAUCCCAAGAAUGAAGCCUUGGUGUUUUUCUUGCCUUUCUAUCAUGCUUAUGGCAAUACCCUGAUGAUUGAUGCCAUCUGUACUGGAGGAACAUCGCUUGUAAUGAGUACAUUUGACCCCGAAGUUUUUUGUUCGACCAUUGAAAAGUACAGAAUCAAGAGUGUGAACGUCGUUCCGCCAAUUGUAGUUUUCUUGGCCAAGUCUCCAAUCGUCGAUAAAUGCGACCUAAGUUCCUUGAUUUAUAUUGGCUCUGGCGCUGCCCCCUUAGGGCAGGAUUUGAGUGACGACGUUAUGAGGAGAUUGCCUAAUCUGAAGGGCCUUUAUCAAGGUGAAUAGUAACUUUAACAACGGUAAACUUGAACUUCAACUACUUCAGGUUAUGGUAUGACUGAGAUUACGAUGGCAUCUCAUUUAAUGGACCCCAUUAAGGCUGUCGGAGAGAAAAUAAGCUCAGUUGGGGAUCUUCUUCCAAACGCCGAAGCCAUCGUUGUGGAUCCAGAAACAGGGAAACGUCUUGGACACAAUCAAAAAGGAGAAAUCUGCGUUCGAUCCCCAGCAGUAAUGCAAGGAUAUCUGCAUAAGAUGCAUGACACAGCCAGCACAAUUGACAAGGACGGAUGGUUACACACUGGCGAUAUUGGAUAUGUGGAUAAUGAUGGGUUAUUCUUCAUUGUGGACAGACUGAAGGAGUUGAUCAAAGUCAGGGGAUUCCAGGUGCCCCCAGCCGAAUUGGAGGAUCUCCUCUUAUCGCAUCCACUGAUUGCCGAUGCCGCUGUUGUUGGGGUAAAAGAUCAAAGGUCUGGGGAGCUGCCUAAGGCGUUCGUUGUAAGGAAAAAUCACAGUUUAACGGAUGAAGAGGUCAAAAAGUUCGUGGCAGGUGAGAACCCUAACUUCUUGUUUAAACUGUAUCAGACCAUUUUCUUGACAUGAAAAUUUUUUAUAGAUAAAACCGCCCAUUACAAACAUCUCAAAGGAGGCGUUGAAUUCAUCGACGUGAUCCCUCGAAGUCCCUCAGGCAAGAUUUUGCGGAAGGAAUUGAGAACCCGGGAAGCUCCAAAACCGAAAUUGUAA